AUGGAACUAUUCAUUAAAACAGAAAUAAAGGCCAUCGUGGCCGAAGGUGCGUUCGGUAAAAAUUGUAACUUAGUGUCGUUCAACGUGUAUAAUGAAAAUAUUGAAAAAAAAGAAUGGAAGUACAAAGCAAUAUUUGGGGACAUUGUCACAUCAGACGAAAACCAUUACUCCGUUUUGAUCAAGUUAAAAAAUCGCGAUCAAACGAUACGUGAUAGUUCUGAAUCUGAUGUACUAUUCCAAAAUGAAUUAAACUUUUAUGAAAAGAUCAUACCAUUCUUAUUAGAGUGUCGUGGACCGUUGGUAAAUGGAGUAAAUGCUCUGUCUUUACCACGGUUUUUUUAUGGUCGUAACAACGGCGGCGAAUUAGCGGAAAAGGAUUUAAUUAUUUUCGAAAAUGUCAAUACCUUAUGCUACCAUUUUACCGAAGACCAAAUUUUCCUGGACAACAAUCAUUUAAUCAUUGCACUUCAGGCUAUUGCAAAGUUUCACGGGCUGUCGUACAUAGCCAAACACAAAAAUGCCAGCAGAUUUCGAGACAUGAUGGCCGACGUCCAAGACCUGCAGUUUGACGGAAACGGCCACUGGAUGGCCCAAAAUGACAUGUUGAAGAGGAUGGGCAAACGCAGCGUGGACCGACUGUUGGAGCGUGACGGGGGACGGUACCGUGACCACGAGCAGUUGCACCGCUUGAACAAGCUGUUCGACGACGCCACCGAAACACUGCGGCGCGCGUUGGGCGCCCACGAACCCCUGUCCGUCCUGUGCCACGGAGACUAUAGCCGUGGUAGCGUCAUGUUCCAAUACGACGAUUGCGGGCGCCCGUCCGACGCGCUCGUCAUGGACUUCUUCGAAUUGCGUUACGGGUCACCCGCGCUGGACCUGUCGCUGUUCCUGUACACGACCACCACACAGCAGGUACGCGAGACUCACUGGGACAACCUGCUUGACGCGUACUGGACCGCGCUGACCGCCGCCGUCCCGCCCGGCGUCCGAUUCCCGGAUCGCGCCGAACUGGACGCCGAGAUGGCCGCGUCCGCCAUCGUCGGGUUCGUGGGGGCGUCGUUUAUUUUGCCAUACAAGCUGCGGGAUAACAGUGACCCUUUGUUGGACUCAAUGGUGACCAGCGAAGACCCUGUCGACUACUUUCUGGUGUUGGGUGGUGAUGUGGGCACCGAGUGUUUGGCUGACCUGGUUCAGCACAUGGUCGACAUGGCAUACACGCAGCCUUGUAAAGCACUCGGUUAA